CGGACCAAUAAGCUCAGUUUUCCACCUGCUCUCCUACCUGGUCAAUUGCCUUGUACUUGGAACGCCUUCAAGAUAGCAGUUGGGCAGCGUGGGCGGUCCGGGACGUUAAUUACCGACAGUGGUUUAGUUCGUUUAACUAUUGUUUUACGCUCGUUUGACUCGGAAGCAAGCAAGCAUUUGUAACAAGUGUGAAAAGUUGCAAUUUGUGGACAGUUUGUUGAUUAGUUUAAGGAAGCACGGAGGAAGAAGCCACUCCGCGUUCUUGCGAAGUCCGGGCUGGCCGCCGCGUAUCAUGAGAGGCGCGACGGACGGCUUCUCCUCAGCUUAGAGUGCGAGCGAGACGUGGUCACUGGGACCCCUCCCUCCUCCCCCUCCGCCUCCCCCUCCGCCUUCCGACGAUGUCCUUCGAGGUGUCGAGCGUGAUCAGCCGCUCGAGCCCUUCGGUCCCCGCCAGCCGCACGCCCUCGCCGCCCCGCUGGACACGCGCCGCUCGCCCACCACCACCGUCGGCGUCCUGGCCGACACGCGCAGGACAGCCGCGACGCCCGAAAUGUCCGCCCCGAGCGCCAGUCCCCCCGCCAGGAGCUCCGACAGUGGCGCGAGCUCCCCCAAGACGUCGUCGCCGCCUUCCCACAAGUCCUUCAGCAUCUCCAGCAUCCUCAGCCGGGAUGACCCCAAGAAGGAGGUCUCGAGCGAGCCGCCCUUCGCCUUCAGCCACCAGCACGACGCCCUCAGACUAGGCCUGAUGAGCCAGAUGACUGCGCUGGCGGCCCGACACCCCCUGCUCUCCCUGUACCCCGACCUGGCCAACGUGCCCCCUACCUCACACAUGUCACCUCUGGCGGGGAUGGGCGUGCCGCUGCCCACAAAGACCCCUUGGUACCCGCCGUGGGCACUGUCGCCCCUCGCCGCCCUCGCCUCCGUCAGGGAAAAGGAAGCAGGAUCUCCGACGGGCGGCCCCCGGAGCCCCCUGAGCGAGGCGCCCGUCGAGGUGGUGCGCUCGCGCUCGCCCUCGCCCAUGCCCCGCUCGCCCUCGCCGCCGCCCUCGCCGCCCACGCCGUCAAGGGAGGACGCGCGGGCGGGCGAGUCGGAGGGCUCGGGCGGCGUGGGCAGCAGCGGCGCCACGACGGCCAGCGGCGGCGCGGACGACGCCGACGAGGACCGCAAGCGGGCGGAAGAAGAAGACGCGGACGGUGUUCUCGCGGUCGCAGGUGUUCCAGCUGGAGAGCACGUUCGACAUGAAGCGCUACCUGUCGUCGUCGGAGCGCGCGGGCCUGGCGGCGUCGCUGCACCUGACGGAGACGCAGGUCAAGAUCUGGUUCCAGAACCGCCGCAACAAGUGGAAGCGGCAGCUGGCGGCCGAGCUGGAGGCCGCCAACAUGGCGCACGCGGCGCAGCGCCUGGUCCGCGUGCCCAUCCUCUACCACGACGGCUCCACCUCGGGCGUGGAGGCCGCCCACACGCCGCCCGCGCCGCCCCCGACCUCUAGCUUGCCCCCGCAGCCCUCUCUUCCGCCCUACUCCCUCUACUACCCGCCCGUCUCCUCCAACUACACCACCACCGUGCAGGCGCCCACGCCCGUCAGACCUACGCUCUC